UGUAUUUGUAUGUAUAUAUUGUGAAGUUAAUCGAAAAUUAUAUCGAAUGUAAAUUAACGAAAUGUAACUAAAAGUAUAUUUGUCAUAUUCUGAAAUUGAUUGGUCGUGUCUGCAGAAAUCAUGGCGCCCUGACGUCUUCAUGAGAGUUUUGUUAUCCAGCAAUGAAGUAUGAUGAAAUGUGUUAACCGGCAAGCACUUACAGAGAUAUAUCCUACGGUUUUAUGAAUUUUCCCUCAGUUUUUCUUCGAAGUAUUAGAGGUGUCUCGACAGUGACCGUCAGAAUGAGUGAUACAGCUGUGGAGAGGGUUGUGAGUAACAUUAUUCGCUCUCCAGAAGACAAGCGAGAAUAUCGAGGACUCGAGUUCACAAAUGGCCUGAAAGCUGUUUUGAUCAGUGACCCCACCACUGACAAAUCAUCCGCUGCACUGGACGUCCACAUAGGUUCCCUGUCAGAUCCUGAAAACAUUUCAGGUUUAGCUCACUUUUGCGAGCACAUGCUGUUUCUAGGCACAGAAAAGUACCCCAAAGAGAACGAGUACAGCCAAUUCCUCAGCGAACAUGCUGGCAGUUCCAACGCCUUCACCAGCGGAGAACACACAAAUUACUACUUUGAUGUUUCCCAUGAGCACCUGCAAGGUGCAUUGGACAGGUUUGCUCAGUUCUUUCUCUGUCCUCUGUUUGACGAGAGCUGUAAGGACAGAGAGGUGAACGCAGUGGACUCUGAACACGAGAAGAACGUCAUGAAUGACGCCUGGCGGCUGUUUCAGCUGGAGAAAGCUACUGGGAACCCCAAUCACCCCUUUAGUAAAUUUGGCACUGGCAAUAAGUUAACCCUUGAGACAAGGCCGUCUCAACAGGGCAUUGACAUCCGUGAGGAACUACUCAAGUUUCACUCCACCUAUUACUCAUCCAACCUGAUGGGACUGUGUGUGCUGGGCAGAGAAACGCUGGAUGACCUGACGUCUAUGGUUGUGCAGCUUUUUGGAGAGGUAGAAAACAAGAUCGUGCCUGUCCCAGAAUUCCCCACACACCCUUUUCAGGAAGAACAUUUGAGGCAAUUUUAUAAAGUCGUGCCUAUUAAGGACAUAAGAAACCUGUAUGUGACCUUCCCCAUCCCAGACCUGCAGAAGUACUACAAGUCAAACCCCGGUCAUUAUUUAGGCCAUCUGAUUGGACAUGAAGGUCCAGGAAGUCUUUUGUCUGAGCUCAAAUCUAAAGGAUGGGUGAACACGUUGGUCGGAGGUCAGAAAGAAGGAGCCAAAGGGUUCAUGUUUUUUAUUAUUAAUGUGGACCUGACAGAAGAGGGACUGUUGCAUGUGGACGACAUCAUUUUUCACAUGUUCCAGUAUAUUCAGAAGCUGCGGACAGAGGGACCUCAGGAAUGGGUCUUUCAGGAGUGUAAGGAUUUGAACACGGUGGCAUUUAGAUUCAAGGAUAAGGAGCGUCCACGUGGAUACACAUCUAAAGUGGCCGGAUUACUGCACUACUAUCCGCUGGAGGAGGUGUUAGCUGCCGAAUACUUGCUGGAGGAGUUCAGGCCUGAUCUCAUUGAGAUGGUGCUUGAUAAACUGAGACCAGAGAACGUCAGGGUUGCUGUUGUCUCCAAAUCAUUUGAAGGACAGACUGACAAGACAGAAGAGUGGUAUGGGACUCAAUAUAAACAGGAAGCCAUUUCUGAUGAGGCUCUUAAGAAAUGGCAAGGCGCAGACCUCAAUGGAAAGUUCAAACUGCCAAUGAAGAAUGAAUUUAUUCCAACCAACUUUGAGAUCUAUCCUCUUGAAAAGGAUCCCCCUUCCAUCCCAACUUUGAUCAAGAACACGGCAAUGAGCAAAAUUUGGUUCAAACAGGAUGACAAGUUUUUCCUGCCCAAGGCUUGCUUAAACUUUGAGUUCUUCAGUCGCUACCUAUAUGCAGACCCGCUGCACUGCAACAUGACAUACCUGUUUCUCAGAUUGUUGAAGGAUGAUUUGAGAGAGUAUACAUAUGCAGCCCGCCUGGCAGGGUUGGUCUAUGACAUAUCCUCAGCAAUGAAUGCCAUCCUUUUGUCAGUGAAGGGUUAUAAUGACAAACAGCACAUCCUGCUAAAGAAGAUUAUGGAGAAGAUGGCCACGUUCGAGAUCGACGAGAGACGCUUUGAUAUCAUUAAGGAAGCGUAUAUGAGGUCUCUGAAUAACUUCCGUGCCGAGCAGCCCCACCAGCACGCCAUGUAUUACUUGCGUCUGCUCAUGACAGAGGUGGCUUGGACCAAAGAUGAACUCAAAGAUGCUCUGGAUGACGUGACGCUGCCUCGCCUCAAGGCGUUCAUUCCUCAGCUGUUGUCACGGUUACACAUUGAAGCCCUGCUGCACGGCAACAUCACCAAACAGUCUGCUCUGGGCAUGAUGCAGAUGCUGGAGGACACUCUCAUUGAGCAUGCUCACACCAAGCCCCUACUACCGAGUCAGCUGAUUCGCUACAGGGAGGUGCAGGUUCCUGAUGGUGGUUGGUUUGUUUACCAGCAGAGGAACGAGGUUCAUAAUAACUGUGGGAUUGAGAUUUACUAUCAGACGGACAUGCAGAACACUCAUGAAAACAUGAUGCUUGAGCUCUUCUGUCAGAUCAUCUCAGAGCCGUGCUUUAACACGCUUCGCACCAAAGAACAACUCGGUUACAUAGUGUUCAGCGGCCCUCGCAGGGCCAACGGUGUGCAGGGUUUGCGAUUCAUCAUCCAGUCUGAGAAAGCUCCUCAUUACCUGGAGUCUCGCGUGGAGGCCUUUCUCAAAACCAUGGAGAAGAGCGUAGAUGAGAUGGAAGAGGAAGCGUUUCAGAAACACAUUCAGGCUUUGGCCAUCCGCCGUCUGGACAAACCUAAGAAACUGGCCGCAGAGUGUGCCAAGUACUGGGGCGAGAUCAUCUCUCAGCAGUAUAAUUUUGACAGGGAUAACAUUGAAGUGGCUUAUCUGAAGACGCUGACUAAAGAACAAAUUAUGCAGUUUUUCAGGGACCUGUUGGCCAUUGAUGCACCCAGAAGACACAAAGUGUCCGUGCAUGUGCUGUCCAGAGAGAUGGACUCCUGUCCACUGGUGGGUGAGUUUCCUGCUCAGAAUGAUGUCAACCUGGCUCCUGCACCUUCACUUCCUCAGCCGUUGCUGGUUGAGGAUAUGACAGAUUUCAAAAGGAGUUUACCGCUGUUCCCUCUCUCCAAACCUCACAUCAACUUCAUGGCUGCCAAACUGUGAUCGGCAUCAUGAGACCGCCAGAGACGCCAAACAUCUGAAGCCAGAAACAUCACUGUUCGUCUGUGUGUGUGCGUGUGUGUAUGAAUGAACGUUUGUGUGUAUAUGAACGUGUGUGUGAGCAGGCAGGGCCGUUAUAUUGUUGUUGGCGAUUUAAGGUUGUUCUGCGUUAUCUGAUAUCUCAGAUAAAAACCAUGAUGUGGAGACAGAGGAAAAAUCGUAUUGCUUCUGUCAGGAAAUGUGUGCCCCUAUUAUAAUAUAGGAGUUAGAUGCUGGUCACGAUGACGCUUCAGUUCCCGUGUGUCACCUCUUUUUAGUCGAAUCAUCGCUGAAAGCGUUCAUGCACCAUGUUUAUAUCACGUCAUGUCUCUUUUGAAGAUAAAUAUAGGCCUUAAAAUGAUUUUAAUCCGUGAUCAGGUUUUCUGACAUGGUUUUUUUUUAAGUUUAAUUUAAAAGAAUUGCUUUGAAGAGUUGUUGUUGUUUUUAGUGCAUGUUGACAGAGUUUUAUCUUAAGGAUUGUGUUGUAAAUUCAAGGCGGUUGAUUUUUGAUUUGAUUUUAAUUUUUAUUUGUGGUUGAAGGAAUAUCAUAAUAAACCAGUUUUAAUAGCAUUUGUUUAUUUAUUUUAAGUUGCUUUGCCCAGAUUCGAGAAAAUAACGAAAAUCUUAUCCCUAAAGCUUAACUGAAGUCUCUUGGUUAUUGGGCCUUAUUCAUCAAACACAAGCAAUAUUUGUGUCAUUUAUUAACUAUUUUUCCAUAACAAUUCACAUAAGGAUGGUUUCCCAGACAGGGUUUAUCUAAGUCCCAGAUUAAAAUGCAUGAAAAUGCAUAACAUAUUGCACUGACAUAUCUUAACAUAUAUCAUUGCCAUUGUUUUGUCUCAAGACGCACACAGGUUUUGUUUUUAAAAACUACUUAAAUGUCCUAAUAUCAGGGUUCCCACAGUUCCUUGAAAUCCUUGAAGGUUUGUGAAUCUGGGGGGAAGUUUUUGAAAAUGUACGUACAUAGAUACAGGUCAUUAAAAGUGCUUGAAUCUAUUUUAUGCAAGAAGUUUUCUGGAAAAACAUCGUAUUAUUCCCUGUAAAAAUCUAGACAUUUUAAGCACACGUGCUAAACUGUUCACUUUAAAUGCUUUUAUCUUCUGAAUGCGAAUGUUGAUUCAUACCAAAAUGCUUUUUUGCAUAGUUGUGUUUGACACAUGAAAACGUCUUUGGUUACGAAUGUAACUGUUGUUCCCUGAGAAAGGAACGAGACGCUGCGUCUCCCUUGCCAUACUUCCUCCAUCCCUGUAACGCCGUCCUUGGCAAUAUUUCAGAUAGCGAUACUUCCUGGUUCCCGUGUCACCCUGUCUUUGUCGUAAAGCCUCCCCAUUGGUUGAAUUUGAUAUACACAUUUAGACACAUUUACCCCUGGAGGCGUCCCCAAAAUGUCACCGCAGUGACGCAGCGCGAGUUCCCUUGAAAGAGAACUGUAACAAUGUAUCUUAAAAGGUAACACGAUGUAACCUUGCUCUCACUUGAAAUGUGUCCUUGAAACAUUUAAUCCUUGAAUUUGAGGGUAUUGGACCUGGAAAGUCCUUGAAAGGUCCUUGAAGUUAACUAAGGUGUGGGAACCCUGAACUCUGUCCUUAAAAUCGCCCCAUCCCAUUUGUUAAGCUUGUGUUUCUUGAAUGAGGCCCAUAUAAUUUUUGGAGAUUUGUGCAGAAUUCGUGCUUGAAUACCGAUAUAUACAUUAAACAAGACACAUUUACAUUUUAAAGGGUUAGGAGAAACAGACCCGAGUCUGGAGUCUACCUUACCUUUUAAAUUCCCUUUAACCGGGUUUAUUACAGAUGUCUUGUGAUUAUGCACUUUUCGCAAGCAAUAAUGUGAUUUACAGGACCUACGACUAGUGUCUUAACUGGGCAUUUUUCUGAACACGGUUAAAACUUCAUCCUGAAGUUUAUUUCCUGUGAAGUGUCUGCUCUGUAAUUUACUGCGGUAAAACAACAGGAACAUCAUGUUGGUGUGUAGAUGCGUAGUCUACGCUGGUCUUGUAAUUCAUCUGUCCUCAUCUCUCAGGUGUCCGUUAGCCCGGAUGGGCCAAACCUUCACCCACGCUUGUGUUUCUACUGCUAAGAUUUCUUCUGGACUUAUUACUCAGGCGUAUCAAAUCGACCGUAAUGCUGCAUUUUUUAGAAAUGUAAUGAUCAUGCUUUAACCCCCAUUAGAUAUUCCUGCCCAGCAAAAUGAAUAUUCAGUAUCAGCCUCUUAGACAAGUUUGGGGGUUAACCACUAUACGAGAUUUAUUCAGGGGUCUUGAUGCAUUGUUUUGGGCUUCUGUUUUAAAGUUGAGAGAGAGCUUAUUUUAUUCAUCCCAAUGUUUGUUUCAAACCCAUAUGACGUUUUUGUCUUUAAUUCCUUGAGAUUUGCUUACGGUUUAAUAGCAGCGAUUGCAUGCUGUUACUGUAUGGAAAAACACAGAGGAGUCAUAUGGGUUUGAAACGGCAUACGUUUCAGUGAGCUAUUCCUUUAAAUCCCAAAGAUGCAUUUCACAUGUACACCCUCAAUCCCUUUAACUGUUCUAGAAUCAGCUUAGAGUUUGAUCUGUAACUAUAAUACAGAUGCUUGUGGGUUAUCAUGAUCUCCUGUAGUAAACAUUAAAUAAAUAUUAUAGACCAGAGGUUCACAAACGUCACAUGACGUGAAUGCUUGGAUGUUAUUGACAAGGUUUACAAUUUUAUUGUAGUCAAAUUAUUUCGUCUUUACAACAGAAUUGGGCCUGAAGGAACCAAGCAGCUGUUAUGAGGUAGAAACAAUAGUUACAAAUCUCAUACUGAUUGUAUUGCGUUCAUUUAUUAGCAGUUUUUUGUGCAACAGGAAACUUGGGGAUUGGUACUGAUGCAAAGGCGUUGUGUGUUUUCUGUUUUAUUAUAAAUAAACAAUUGUACCUCG